CAUCCAGUUCUAUGCCAUUCUGCAAUUGAGCUAUCGAGGAUUAUAUGUCAGCUCCAACUCAGUCCUAAGCUCUUUGUUCUUUGAUUUCCAAUCCAAAGACAAUACAAAUAGAUAUUUUCAUCAGCUGGAAAGCAGAUUUUCAGACGUUUAUGUGUUGUAUAUUAGUGAUGUGCAUAAAACCCCACGUUACAUAAUGACAAUUAUCGUUUGGAUGUAUCAAUACCGUCAAGAUUUAAAAGCCAGGACUCCAACACAAAUGUUCACCUUCAGAAGAGAUGGAGACAGUAAUGGGACAGCUGAAAAUCAAGUAUUGCCCAUGUUUGUUAUUGUAUCCCUUUCUGCUCUGGGCAUCAGCACUGUGACUGGGUUUUUUACCAAUUUUUUUAUCAUUGUGGCUCAUGGAAUGGACAGGCUUAAAGGAAGGAAUACGAACCCAAGAGAACUGAUCCUAUUCACUCUAGGUCUGUUCAACAUUGCCUUUCAGUGUACCAUGGUGGCCAAUGACUCCCUUCUCUUUCUUUGGAGUGAUGUGUAUUUCUUGGACAAUGUUUAUACCAUCUUCUCCGUCCUUCUGCUCUUUACCAUUUUCUCCAGCUUUUGGUUUAUGUUUUGCCUCUGUGGUUUCUACUAUGUGAUGCUUGUUACAUAUGAACAAACUUUCUUCAUGCGUCUGAAGCAAAGCAUCUCUGAUGUGGUCCCCUGGAUGCUGUUCAUGUCUGUAUUCCUAUCACUUAUUAUCAGCAUCCCAGUUGCUUGGAACAUUAAGAAAGACGAAUACUCUGUUCAGAUAGAUGGUAAUCUUAUUGGCAACUCAACUGUACAAUAUGGAACUCCACACAUGAGUCUUCAAUACCUGUUGGUUGCUAGUAUUAUUGGCUGCUGUGUUCCUCUCAUUUUGGUUGCCAUAGCAAACAUUUUUAUCAUAAGAUUUCUUUUUGUACACGUCAAACAGCUCAAGAAAAGUGCAACAGCAAUGGGUGCACACAGUAUGGAAGCAAGUGUAUCUGCAGCCUGCACUGUCACCUCCCUUCUUAUUCUUUAUGUCAGUUUCUAUGUCUCGGAAACUUUACUGAUAUUGGACAUCUUCAAAGUGGACAGCCCUUGGAUUUCAGGAUGUUUAGUGACUGUUUAUAGUUACGGUCCUAUACAAUCACUUAUACUCAUCCUAGGCAGUCCAAACCUCAGACAACUGAUUCGGAAAUGGUUAUGUUCUAUAAAUGUUACCAUCGUGCCUUCAGGUUCCAGAAUAGAUACAAGCUCAUCAGUUUCUGUUCUGGCCAUGUAACUUUCUAUGAAUAAUUGUAAUACAAAAAUCGAAAUUACUGUAUACUUAGCACACAUUUAGCUAUGUAUAACCAGUCUAGCCCCACAUGGCACAAUAAUGUAGAUGACACGUAUGGUAAAGCCAGCCAUAGAUAGAGUGAUUUUUUUUCCUGCAACCACAGUCAGUGUUGAUGGGUAAUCCCUCCAGCAGAGCUAUUGUGUGCUCCCGAUGGGUGGGGGGUCGGGGGCACCAGGAGCCGUCCAUGCCAGGAGAACACACAGUGAUUAUUGCCAAUAAUCACCUAAAAAUUAUUUGACAGGCUGAUUGUACCCAAGUUGAUCGAUCCAUCAACUUGGGUACAGUCAGCCUGCCCAUACAUAGUUCGAAUCUCGGCCAGACCCUGCUGAACUGGGCAAGAUGGCCGGCUUAAGGUUUAAUCUUUCACACAGUACAGAAUUGUUGUCUUAUCACAAGACACAACUUGUCUAUUGCUUAUUGUCAGCAAAUAGAAGUCAAUAUUGGUCAAUAAUGGAGCUAGCGUUGAUUACAACACAUUUCAUUUUUAAUUACUGAUUCAAAUGGGAAAAGAUUUUAGCAAAGGCCACUGCUGACUACUGACAUCAUGUUAAAUACAUCUAUCAUGACUGAAAUAUGGUCACUGCCAUUGAUGAUCAUCCUCUAAAAAGGCUAAAUAUUAUGUUCUGUCUUGCUUUAGUACUUUCAAUUAAAGAUAAAAAACAGACUUCCCCAUCCCUAUACUUGUUCCUGGUUAGUGAAUAACAAUUUAUUGACACGAAGGCAGUGGCUGUGCCACCCCCUAAUCUAUGCGCCCAGCCCCUAAUCUACAUGCAGGGCUCCGGAUGCAUCAAUUUCAAUGUUUUUUUUUUUAAGCAAAUGAUUAGAGUCUGAGGCUCUAAUUGGCUUAAAAAAAAGGGUGGGCUCAGGGCCUCCUGAGCCCACACAGUUGUGCGACAAUAGCGAAUUAAUAUUCACUAUUGUGUUCCUGCUUCUCCAAUUAGGAAGCGGGCCUUAAGACCCGAUUGGCCAAGAGGAGAAGCGACCGUAUUGGCCACAGAGGAGGAGACGCAGGGGCAAGCCGCCGAGGAUGAGAUGCAGGGGGAAGCAGCAUGGGAAGAAUGACCCUUUUUUACAAUGCAACGCAACACAAAGUUGUUUGCGGUGUGUCUCUCUAUUGUACAGUGUGGUGGGGUACCAUUCGCAAUGAACAGUACCCACAUCACACCACACACAUUGCAGGUGCUUUGCUGUGGAUUGAUAAAUAAUGUUCAGUAAUGUCCUUUACCAUGCAUUACAGAUCCAAAUGUGUUAAGUUUGUUUAGUAUAAUUUAGGUCAUUAAUGUAUAUGUAAACAUUAAUUAAAAAAUCUGAACAAACUUUAAAUUGAUAAGCAACAUUAGCAGAAAGGAUAGAUGGAUAGAUAGAUAGAUAGAUAGAUAGAUAGAUAGAUAGAUAGAUAGAUAGAUAGAUAGAUAGAUAGAUAGAUAGAUAGAUAGAUAGAUAGAUAGAUAGAUAGAUAGAGGCUGGGUUCACACUAUUGCACGUAGACAGAUGGAUACUUGUGUUUAGAUAAUGAAACACUACAAACACGCUUUAUUCCUUUGAGAGUUUGCAGUUAUGUUUUUAUUUUGCAAAAAAAAGCGAGUAUCGGUUUUUAAUUAGUCCCACUUCAGUGCAAGCGAACUCUCAUUAGUAAUUUAAAGCAAUUUUAAUAAGUCACGUCACAUUUUGUGCUAUUAAAUAGCUCUGUGUAUUAUUAUUAGACAUAUUUAAUACGUGAGCUUAGUUACUUGAGGUCGAGGAACAUUAGUUCUUAUCCAUCUCAUUUAAUACUGUUUUCAUAAUAAAAUAAUUUGCCUCUUAGAAGCCUGGAUACAAAAAGGUAUGAAAUGUUUCAAUAAAAUAAAAUGUGUGUCCAUUAGAUGCAGCCUCUACUUGAUUUUGUAUGCCUGCCAUGUAUUUAGUUCUGAUGUACUCAGGCUGCAGUGCUACUGUAUAUACUCUUUUGUGAUCUGUAUCUAAGGGUAUUACCUUACAUACAUUUCCCUACAUUUAAGAUGGCACACAACUCUUUUGGUUUAUUUUUAGGAGAUUCUAUUUUAAUUAUAUCUGCUUUGGUAUAUAUCUUGCACUUAUUCCUGUGAACAUUCUGGGCCAGAUUUAGGUAGAACUUACGCCGACGUAUCUGUUGAUACGCCGCGUAAGUUCUAGGA